UGGAUACGUUCACUUUUUAAAACUUGAUAUUUACUUUUAAGCAAAAUACAAUCAUAUCAUUAAUCCAAUAAAUCGUUCGCCAUGUGACUUACAACACUAUCUAGAAUAACAUCAAAAUAUCUAAACUGGUCUAGUAAUAACAAACAUUUCCUAGCGAAUGUAUGAGCAAGAUGGUUUGCAGACCUUCUACAACAAGAGAGACUAAACACACUCCUAAUUUUCAAAAAUCAGAUCGAUAUACGACUCACCCUGCAUACCUCGCACGCCAUUACCGACUAGUAGUGCAUCUUACUCGAAUUCCACCAUCUCCCAUCUCUAAUUCCAAGUGCUUCCGACUCAGCUGGACUCCAAUGACUACUCCAAGAUCUGCUUUCCACAUUUAUGAAGCAUCAUUGGUCCAUUCUGGCCACCCAACUCCACGCCCUGAUUCCAUUUACUGCAACAUCGAUAUUCACUUUGACCACCCACACUCUAGGUUUUUGCUACUUUGCCGCCCCUAUAACACUUCUUUUAUCUCCCACCCGAUGCUUCAUUUGGGGUGCCUCAAGCCCCUAACAUAGUGUCUGCACUUCUUACUAUUGCCAAACUGCCUUGGUUCUCACCUUUCCAGACAAGAUUGUUCCUCCGUUUCCACAGACUCUAUAAAAUAGCAAUAAUCCGACCACAUCGAUUUUUGUCAUUCCCCUCCAAAUUUGUCUUGAUCCAUGCCUCAAAAUUAUCUGUCAGAUUAUAUUGUCCCCAAACCGCCUCUCGCCACACAUCAGUAGCCGCCACACAACCUUUGAAAAUGUGCGUUGUUGACUCCUCUUCACAAGACCUGCAAAGCACCAUAAUACUCUGCUAUAUCUAAGAAGAAUUAUUCCCCAUCUGAGCACUCAAGAAGGAAGAAUUGGGAUAGUAUUUUUCUUUACAAAUUCUACUCACAAGACUUCAUUCAUCCACCAUCAGCCUUCAUGCCUGUUUAGCUAACAUAGCUAAAUUAAAAUCUUUGACCCGAGAAAACCCAAACCUCCUUCACUGUGUGGGUGACACAUCCUUUCCAAGCUCCUCCAUCUAAUCCUUUUGAUGGUCCUUAGUGAGGUAAAAGUCUAGAGGGGGGUGGGGGUGAAUAGACUUUUAAAUCUUUUUUUUUGUUAUGAGUCCCUUUCCCUCUUUGAGAGUUGAUUCUUAAACGUUUUGUGUGGCUUGAAAUCAGCAGCGGAACUCUUGACUUUUUAUGAGAGUAAAUGAACACACUUUCAAUUUAUACUUUUAAAGUAAUUGGACAUGAGGUGAUUCUGGAAUUUGUGUAGUGAAGUAUAAAGAGGUAGGAAGUCUGUGGGAUCAAGUCACGUUUCAAGACUUAGGUUGAACAUGUUGGAGGAAUUGGCCGGAUAAACCUGCAAAAUAAAACGUUAGAAAAAUAAUCUAGCUCGAGAUGCGUCAGACGCUGUCCUCAAGAAAGUAUUUCUGACUAACGAAAAUCUUUCCCCAAGAUAUAACGAGCUCUUCGGCGUAAGCCGGUCACAGAACAACGAGAGUAGAAAAUAAU